UGCUCUCCGAGCAGAGCCCGACGUGGGGCUAGAACUCAUGAACCGUGAAAUCAAGACCUGAGCCGCAGUCGGAUGUUUAACUGACUGACCACCCAGGCUCCCUGUUUGGAAGCAGUGAACUAUAACAUAUUUAUUCAGUUCUCCCGAAUAGAAUGACAUCUGAGCAGAGGCCUGCGUGAAGUGUGGGACCGAGCCUGGGACAUAUCUGGGGGAAGAGUGUUCUGGGCAGAGGGAACAGUAAGCGUAAGCGUCCUGAGGCGGGAGCAUCCUUGAUGUAUAAGAGGAGCACCCGGGAGGCCAGCGGAGCGGGGCGGGAGUGCGCGCUGGGGAGAGCAUCGGGGGAGGAUCGGAGCCGGGGCCGGCAGGGCCCAGUGGGCCGUGGUGAAGACCGGCCUUUCUCCAUCAGUGGGUUUUAAACAGCCGGGAGCUCGGUCACGGCCUGUGUCCUAGGCGGAUCAUUUUGGCUGCUCUGGGGAGGCAGCAGGAAUAAUCCAGGUGAGAAAUGCUGGUGGCUCGUGUCAGGGUGCUUGCGUCUGGGGGUUGGGGGAUGUGGUGGGAAGGCGGGAGAGAGAGCAUUAGAGCCAGGGUUGGCUCCAGGGCCUUUGGUCUGAGCACCUGGGGAAGGUCGCUUGUCGCGGGGUCCGGACGUCGUGUGGGGAGAGCGUGCCGGGGGUGGGAACCAACCGCUUGUGCUUGGCCGUGUCGAGGCGAGGUGUCGGUGGAGAUGUCACGGAGGAAGGUGUCCGUGUGGGUCUAGGGCACAGAGGGAGGUGCUGGUGGGUGCUGGAGCCGGGUGCUGUCGGCGCAUGGUGUUGGAAGCCGGGAGACUGGAUGAGAGCAGUCAGGGGCGGAGCGGGUGGAGGGAGAGAGGACGUCCUAGGACUGUGCUCUGGGACACGCCAGUGUUUUGAGGUUGGCCGAUGAGGGGAGGCGUGAUGCCCAGCGAGGUGCACCGAGAGGGCUUGAUGGCCCGGAAGCCAGGUGUCCUGAUCAGCUGGGGCGGCUGCAGCAAAGCACCGCAGACUGGCUUAGAGGCGACGGGGCUUGCUUCCUCCCAUUUCUGGAGGCUGGACUUCUGAGAUGAGGGGUCCGGUGUGGGUGGUUCUGGGGAGGGCCCUCUUGCGGGGCCGCAGACUGCCAGCUUCCCCUCGUGGCCACCUCGCUGGGUAGACGGGUGGGGGAGCCCUCGGGGCCUCCUCCGUAAGGGCACUAAUCUCAUUCAUAAGGGCUGUCCCUUUGUGACCUAAUCGCCUCCCAAAGGGUGUCAGAUCCUGUCACCUUGGGGGUUGGGACUUCAACCUAAGAAGUUUGGGGAGGCACACAAACAUGUACUCCACCAACAGAGGAAUGUUUUGUAAGGAGGAGGGAGUGAUGAGACAUUUGGGACGCCGUCCACAAUGUCAAGUAAGCGUAAGACUGAGAACCGACCGCUGCCUCUGGCAAUCCGGAAGUCCUUGCAAUCAAAGAGAAGUACACAGACUGGACAGAAUUCCUCAUUCGUGAUUUGACUGGUUCCCGGACGGCCCCCGCCAGCCUCCUGGAAGGUACUUCGACCAGUUGGUUGGUGUCAAGAGAAUAAGUACAGAAUGGACCCACCUUCAGAAAUCUAUCCUUUGAAGAUGGCCUCUGAGUGGAAGUGUUCUCUGGAAAAAUCCCUUAUUGACGCCACAAAGUUUCCUCUGCCGAUGGAAGUGUUUAAGGAUCAUGCAGAUCUGAGAAGCCAUUUCUUCACGGUCGGGAUGAAGCUAGAAACAGUGAAUUUGAGCGAGCCCUUCCAUAUCUGUCCCGCAUCAGUGACCAAGGUUUUUAACAACCAUUUUUUCCAAGUGACUAUUGACGACCUAAGACCAGAACCUAGUAAACUCUCAAUGCUGUGCCAUGCGGACUCUUUGGGGAUUUUACCAGUACAAUGGUGCCUUAAAAAUGGAGUCAAUCUCACACCUCCCAAAGGUUACUCUGGCCAGGACUUCGACUGGGCAGAUUAUCACAAGCAGCAUGGGACCGAGGAAGCGCCUCCCUUCGGCUUCAGGAAUACGUCAUUCAGUCGGGGUUUCACAAAGAACAUGAAACUGGAAGCCGUCAACCCCAGGAACCCGGGAGAGCUCUGCGUGGCCUCUGUGGUCAGCGUGAAGGGGCGGCUGAUGUGGCUUCACCUGGAAGGCCUACAGACUCCUGCUCCGGAGUUUAUUGUUGAUGUAGAAUCCAUGGACAUCUUCCCGGUGGGCUGGUGUGAGGCGAAUUCGUACCCUUUGACCACACCGCACAAAACAGUCUCACAAAAAAAGAGAAAGAUCGCAGUCGUGCAGCCGGAAAAACAAUUGCCAUCCACAGUGCCUGUUGAGAAAAUACCUCAUGACCUUUGUUUAUUCUCUCCCUUGGACACCACAGGUACUGUUAACGGGAAAUACUGCUGUCCUCAGCUUUUUAUCAACCACAGGUGUUUCUCGGGCCCUUACCUGAACAAAGGGAGAAUCGCAGAGCUACCUCAGUCCGUGGGACCCGGCAAAUGCGUGCUGGUUCUGAAAGAGGUUCUCAGCAUGAUAAUCAAUGCAGCUUACAAGCCCGGAAGGGUAUUGCGAGAACUACAGCUGGUGGAAGAUCCACACUGGAAUUUCCAGGAGGAGACACUGAAGGCAAAAUACAGAGGCAAAACCUACAGGGCCGUGGCCAAGAUCGUGCGGACGUCCGACCAAGUAGCGGAUUUCUGCCGGCGGGUCUGUGCCAAGCUGGAGUGCUGCCCAAAUUUGUUCAGUCCCGUGCUGGUUUCCGAAAACUGCCCAGAGAACUGCUCCAUUCACACCAAAACCAAGUACACCUAUUAUUACGGAAAGAGGAAGAAGAUCGUGAAACCCCCCAUUGGGGAAGCUAGCGCCGAGGGCGGACCCCCGAAGCCAGCCAGACGCAGGAAACGGCGAAAAUCCAUGUUUGUGCAGAAGAAGCGCAGGUCCUCUGCUGUGGACUUUGCCGCCGGCUCGGGGGAGGAGAGCGAGGAGGAGGACGCGGACGCCAUGGAUGAGGACACGGGGAGCGAGGAAACCGGCUCCGAGCUCCGCGACGACCAGACAGACACCUCUUCCGCCGACGUCCCCUCCACGCGGCCUCGGAGGGCCGUCACCUUGAGGAGCAGCUCGGAGCCCGAGCGCCGGCCGCCCGUGGAGAGGCCGCGAAGGGGCCGGAGGGCACAGGCUGCCUCCUGUGCCGAGGGCGGGGAGCAGGGCGCAGCCGGCGGCCAGGACCCCGCAGAGGAAACAAAGCAAGAGGAGGAGGAGAGGCUGGUUCUGGAGAGCAACCCUCUGGAGUGGACGGUGACCGAUGUGGUGAGGUUCAUCAAGCUGACGGACUGCGCCCCCCUGGCCAAGAUCUUUCAGGAACAGGACAUCGACGGUCAAGCGCUCCUGUUGCUGACUCUUCCCACGGUGCAAGAAUGCAUGGAGUUGAAGCUGGGGCCCGCCAUCAAGCUGUGCCACCAGAUCGAGAGAGUUAAAGUGGCCUUCUACGCCCAGUACGCCAACUGACGCUGCCCUCUUGGGAGGUGACCCGUUCUCUUGGGAUGCGGCGUCCUGGGAAGGUUUCGAGACUGAAGCUUUACUUUGCUGGGCGACGCGCGAUGGUGCGUAUACAAGACAGGGCCGAAAAGCAAGGAGCGUGGCGGACCUCUUCACCCCCCAGCCUGUUUGACGUUGCCGCGAUUUCAGGCCCGCCCGCUACCACAGCGGUGGCUUCUGGACAGUGUCAGGCGCUGGAGGGCACCGAAGAGCUUCUUUGUACGUCCGUGUCUCCCAUUUCUCCCGCCCGAGUCCAGGCAGCUCCCUGCAGACGCAUUUCCUAAACCACGGCCCCGCUUUGCUUUGAAAACCAAGGCGCAGCUGAUGUCUUUUUUGGAUGUGUCCGAGGAGGGCACCUGGCUGGGAGGUUUUCUGCAGUCAUUACGGAUGCUUCUUCCACGGCAACGCACACGUGGCUUUCGCGGCAUAAAUGUCACCGCGGUCUGAUCUUGGUGGCGGCUCAUUUCUCAGACGCACUUGGAGGCGAUGUUUCAGGAUGUGGUUACAGAAGGAUGGGCUAGACCGUCAUCGCCCGGCAGAGGUGCCUUUUAGGAAGGAGAGGCGAUGAAGUGGUUCUCCCUGAGUGAUGGACAUCCGGAGCCUGCAGAGGGUUCCGUUUGCAGCCUUUUGUAGAACUUCACGUACUGCUAACGUUCUGAUUUAAUUGCGACCACAUCGGGGAGUGACUCCUUUAGUCUGUUGGGAAAUGCUGAGCUGUGGACUGAAGGCAGAGCUUAAUGGCAGGAACGGGAAGAGGUUUCGGGAGGCUUUGAAUAAACCAUCCCCUCAGAAGGAUCCUGUCCCGAAUCCCUUGAUGAGACUGGCUUCGAGCGCCCCUCCGAUGCGCCCGGCCCUGGGACGUCCCAGGAGGCGGGCGUUCCCCACAGGAAGCCGGCAGUGACCCGGCCCAGCCCCGCUCUUCUUCCGUGGGCACGGCUGGCCACCAACUGCGAUCUUGGGUGACCGGAUCACUCUGGGACCCCUUGUCCCCAUCCUGCUCCUGCUGAGAGUCCCGAUCUACCAGCACGAGACACACAGUAGGUGAAAAAGAAGCGUGGUCUCCACAACGUGGAGUGCUCCCUGCAGCCCACCCUGGCUGGGAGGCUGCUGAUUUCUGGGGCAGUUUCCAUUAAAUCGGUUCAGUCCCUGGAAGAGAGAUCUCUGGCUCUGAGAAUUGGCUGGGUUUUGGUGACCAGCACCCCCUCUGUGUGUGUGCCCGUGAGGGACCCAGUAUGGUCACUCAAACCCAAAUGGACUGCUUCCCCCUGCCCUCCCCGCCGACCCCCACACGCUGCAGCAGGUGUCCAGAUGCCUUUCGGAACGUGCGCGAGGAAAACUAAACCUUUAGACGUGUCCGGAGGCCGACACCGAGAGCAGAGGCUGCCCGCCCUUCGGUUACUCCUUUUUACCGUCCACCCUCCAUCUUUUCUCCUUGAUGAGAGUCUCAGCAGCGGGGGUGACCCCAUGCGGUGGGCUUCUCAGCCGUCAUGUGUCGGCUACGUUUUUAAGGCAUGAUUCUCUGUCGGAUUUCGCAGAGUGUGGUGACUGACGCCGACCUUUGUUACGAACAUUCUGUCCUGGCUACCGAUGCAGAUGGGAAACAUAUUUUGCAGGUGACUCUUUACUGUCUCCCCGUAGCUGAUUUUUGCCACCAAGUUUUAAACAUUUGGCAAGUAGCUCUUCCCGGGGCCCCGGGACGGAAGGACCCCCCACGUCCCAACCCGGUGCCGCUGGCCGUGUUGUCGGGAUGGAAGUGUCCGUGCUGACCAGCGCUCGGCCUGCAGCCAGGCUUCUCUCUCCUGAGCUGAAGUGUCCCUCUCCUCUCGGUCCCCCACCCCUGCCUUCUCAGCCACAUGCUCGCGGCCUUAACCGUGGCUCAGCCUGGGGGCGCCCGCUGGAAAGGGUGUCCGUUGCGAGGUGUUUGGCGUUUUCGCCGCGCUGACUCGCUUAGGACCCUUCACCGUGGCCUUUUCAAGCCGAGCUGUUCCCAUUGCGCUUGGAACCACGAAGGCAUGUAGUGGCUGCAACGUGUCUUUGUACUUUUGGGACGAAUGUGACCUUCUCGUGUCCUUUCAAGUAAAGGCAACGUGGGAACAAGCAGCUCCUUCCGGGCGUCUUUGGAGCCGAGCCUCCCCCCCCCCCCCGCCCCCGCCAGAGCUGGAAGGUCCUUCCGCUGGUGGCCCGGGCAGGUCACGGCCACCACUGCUGGGGGGGCCUCCUGCUCCCCGAGGGGCCAGAUGGCCAACACGCUCCUCGUCCUCUGUCUCUGUGCGGCGACCAGUCGCUUCACCCACCACGGUUUUGCGAGUGAGCCGUAAGGACGACGGGGCUGGGGCCAGAGGCAGAAGACCCAGCCCUGGGGGAACCUUCACGAAGGUCGUGUCCGGGCCGCCCGCUGGCCCGUCGAGAGCCGGAAACAUUUUAGGACCAAGAAGAUGCUUUUGCCGGGAGCGUUGCCCACGUGCUCCUGAACUUGGCUGCUCUGGGGAUUGCCAGUGGUGGGUGUGGCCCACAUCAGUAGCGGUUUGGUUCCGGAAUGCUAAGGCGUCCUUUUCUCCGUAGGAUUUACCCACACCAGCUUCCGUCUCAUACCUCGGGCCAGUUUGCGAGGAACAUUUUGUACCGUGUCGUUACUGUGCCUCUUACGGCAGGAAAUGCUGAUUUUACACCUCUUCCCCACGUGCCGCCACAGCCCCAAGCCUAACGUUUCUUGGUUGAAACACCCAACAGGCGAUAUGCCUCCCUCCCUUCUCCCUCCCCAGAUGCUACAGUUGAUGCUCUGUCUCUUUGAUAAUACUUUGGGACCAAAGUCCCGCCCUCUGUGUGCCGGGGUCCUGCAUUACCUCCUGGAGCUGGCCGAGAAGCGUGUUCUCCUCCCGGCCACACGGACACUUUGCAGUCUGCACAGUGUGUGUAACUUGAGAAGCAGAAAUGCCACCUCGUCUUUGGUGGCGAGAGGCACCUCGCGGUCCCAUCCAAAGACGAAUGGAGUUUGUUCAGCCCCCGCCUUGCCGACUGCAUUUGGACUGUGUUGGGAAGCUAUCCACCCCCCACGACAAUAUAAACCUGAAAAGAGCAGGCUGGCACAGUGGAUGAACCUCUUUGCUUUUCAAAAAAAAAAAAAAUUAAAAACCACCAAAAAACAACAACAAAAAAAACGGAAGCCAGUUUCCUUCACCGCGAAGUUGCAUAGUACAGAGAACUCACCCGUCACUUUUAAAAGUAAGUUCCUCUGAUCAAAGUUUGACUCGCACGCAGUGUUUGAGCUGCACGGCUACUCCGGUUGCUUUUCCUUAUUUGAUCGAAUCUGAAAGAGCGUUUCCUGUGUUUGCUUUGAUUGGUUCCUCGGUAAAUUCAAAUGACCCAAGCCUUUGCCGCCGCCCCCUCUGACCCUUCCUGUGAUCUCUGGAGACUGGAUUUGGCUCUGUCUUUGAAGCUUGGUCUGAGUGCCCUAACUUGUCUCUCAGAAUUUUGAGUGUUGUUAUCAGGCAAGUUCUGAGAUCUGCCUUGUAUCUUACACCAGACACCUUUCUAAAGAGCCGUUCUCCUUUCGUUUUGCAAGCACUGGGGAUUUUCAUACUUCUUUUGUAGAACGCCCAUUUCUGUUUCUUUGCUGUACAUAGAACUAUAAAAACAGUAGCGUUGAAACCUUUGCUGUGGUUUGAGCAUCAUUGUCAUUUUUUGGUGAAGGUGGCGACCCGAGGGUCCACGUACUCUACUGUCUUUAGAACGCUGUGAUCGAGUGUGCAAUGAUUUGAAGGGAAGCGUAAUAAAUUAAGGUGUCUGUAGUUUUUAAGGAAGAAGUCGUUGAAGACGUGUACAUAACGGCCCGUGUCUUUUGGUGCAAUAACUAAUCGCAAGGAAAAGUUCGGUUUGCAGCCCAAUGUUGUCAUGAUUCUCUUAAUCGUCUACCGUUCUUUUCCGUUUCAAAGUCUUCUGGAAAUUGCUUUAUCCCCUUCAACUCGGUUGAAUAUUUAAUCUGGUUCUCCCGGCUUUUAUCCCCAGAAUUGGUUUACAGGUAUCCCCACACACGGAUGCGAUAGAAUCGAAUCGUGCUAUAUCUGACCCACAGAAUUUACCCAAGACAUUGUCAUUGCUGACACGUGGCGCUGCUUGGGUGUUCGUUUAAAAGCCACCUGUGGUUCAGGUGAUAAAAAGAACCCAAGCAGUUUCCCGGGCGGGUAGUCUUUCCAUCUUCCUGACCUGUUCUCAGUGCGCCGGCGAGCACGUAGGUCUCUUGUGAACCAGCCCGGAAGCCAGGGCAGUGCUGCAGGUGGACCUAAAGGCUACCCCGAAGGAAAAGGAGAAUCCUGGGACCAACGUUUGCCGAAAAAUCUGCUCGCGAUGGGGAAUUGGAGACGAUUUUUUUUUUUUGAAACGACAGAAGAGAACAAAAUCAUCUCCUUUGUUGUUUAGAAUGGGAGGUAGCAUGCUAUCUGGAAGCAUAAACUGUUCCUAGUCGUGAAAGUCCAAAGUUCUUUUGCUGUUUUACACUCCAGUUUGAGAAGUUUGUACUGAAAUUCGAUUCAUAUCUCGUGUGCCGUUCUGGUGUGUCCCAAGGAAAAAUUCGUGUUUUCACUUUGGAAAUUUGCAGGACAAAGGGCAUGUUGUUUGGUUUGCUGUAAGAUUGAAUUCUGUAUAUAUGUUUUCAUGUAAAUAAAUGAAAAUCUAUAUCAGAGUUAUAUUUUAAUUUUUAUUCUAAAUGAAAAAAAAAGACCCUUUUUACUUGAAAAAAAUUGUAAGCCACAUUGUUAAUAAAGUACAAAUGAGUUCUACAGUGGUGUUGGUGUCUUUGUAUUUAAGGUUACUGAAUGUUAGUUUUAGGGUUUGCAUUUUGUUCUGUUUUUUUUUUUUCUUUUUUCCAGGGUUUUAAUAACUGUGGCUCUGAAAGUCCCACGUGAUAGCUUUCAGACUCACCUGCUAGCUUUGGAACUUUCUGUUCAAGGUGCUUGUGCCUAUCCUUUUUAUUAAAAUACUACAAUACGUCCUACACAGUCA